AGAUAUUCGUGAAAUUCCACCACAGCGUUGUCCAUCUGAUUCAACCAUCCCAGCAUGCAGCUCUUUCAUUGAAAAUGUAUUGGAAUUGGCUGAUGUUGAAUUACCUGCUGUGGAUUACAUCUCAAACAUACCAUCAUGCAGCACUGCUAAACAACAUGAAACUGAGCCGAAAAUGUUCAAAAUGACUCGAGGGCUCAAAACCACUCAGUCAGUGCCGUCUGAUGUCAUGGAAGAAAGCUACGUGGGGGAUCUACCUAAUCUGCCUACCAUUGAUUUACCAGACUCUGAGGUUAUGCCGCCCAUCAGCACAGCCUUGACUCCUGAUGAACACUUGUUUGGAGAAGAUUAUUUUGGGGAGUACAACAAAGAUGAUGACAGUGCCGAAACUACAACAAAUUUGCAUGACUUUAUUACUGACGCACCCGAGUUCAAUUAUGAAGCAAGUGAAGAGGAGCAACCAGCACUCAUAUUAAGAAGGAAUUACCUCUUUAUACUGGAGCUUCUAUUUCUGUUGGAGAAAGUUUGGCUUCUGUUCUUUCUUUUGUUCAGUGUGAACAUAUCAGUGGGGUUGGUUUGGGAAGACUUCUGUCUUUGAUUAACU